AUGUAAGAAAUGAAUGACGAAAAAGUAUAUUUGUUUCUACUUCCACCCUUAUUAUAUGACCAUUUAAAUAAGAAUAGAACAAAGAAACUUUAUUUUUAAAUUUUCAAAUUCCUUCAUCUCAUCAUAAUGUGCAUUUGGAAAAUGUUAGACAAUCUAAAUAGAGGUUAAACAAUAAUAAUAACAUUUAUAUUAUUAUUGUUUGCUUUCUAUUUCUAAAAGAAAUAAGAGUAAUAACUCAAAAAUGCUGAAGGUGGUCUUGAAGACACUAUUAAUAUCAAAACUAGUUAAGACACAGAUAGAAUAUAGGAAUUAUAAAAUAGUUUGGUUAGUAUAAUAAAAUUAGAUGGUAAAUUAAAUUUGAUGAUGUGCAAUUCAAGAGCAUAAGAUUUAUUGAAAAAUAUCAAUAUUUAGGAACUUUUGAAUAGUCCAUUAUAAUCAGUAGACAAAUAGACUAAAUUAUUGAUGUAGGAAUAAUUUAGUUGUAAAUUUCCUUCAAUAUAGGAUUUGAAAGAUGUUUAACAAAAUUAUUCCUUGAAUGAAUUAUUGGAACAAUUAUAAUAAUUAUAGAAAUUCCCAUAUGAAUUUGAAGUUUUCAGUAUUCGUGGGUAUAAUGAUCUUCAUUUGAAAGUUUUUUAUUUUGAACCCAAAUCUUUUACAAUCAUAAUAUAAAAUAUGGAAGAAUAUAAUUUGUAAAUUAAGAAAGUGUUCACAUAAACUACAAUGCAACAAUUAUUUAAGAGUUUUAGUCAUGAAUAUAAUACAUCAUUAAAUUAUAUAUUAGCAUUGGCCUAAGUAGCAGAAUGUCAUGAAGAUGUACCAUAAAAUAUAUAAGAAUAAUUUUUCAAACCUAUAUUAGUAAAUGGUAAAGUGAUGCAUAGCAUGGUUUUGGAUAUGAUGGAUUAUAAUAGUAUUUUAGGGAAGACAUUUAGUUUAUAAGUAGGAGUAUUCAACAUAUAGGAAUUAAUAAUAGAAGUAAUUUCCCUUUUUAAAGAUUAAAUAUCAAAAAAGAAUUUAGAAAUUAAAACAGAUUUUAAUUCUAAAAUAAAACAAAUUCUAUCAGAUAGAAAUAGAAUUAAGUAGAUUUUGAUUAAUUUAGUAUCAAAUGCUUAAAAGUUUACACUUCAAGGAUCAAUAUCCUUAAAGGUUGAAACAUGUUAGUCUACUAAAAAUUAAUAAUAUGUAGUGUUUCAUGUUGAAGAUACUGGAAUAGGAAUGAAAAAGUAAGAAUAAGAUCGAUUAACUUUAUUAUUGUAAUCAGGAGUGCCAUCAAUAUAGAAAAUAUCAAAAAAUACAGCAGGGUUUGGAUUGGGAUUAUUUAUUAGUAAUAAGAUUGCAGAAGCAUUAUCAUAAUAGAGAUAUGAAAAAGGAGGGGGUUUAAGAUUUGAAACAUAAACAGGUAAAGGUUUUCAUUGUUGGUUUUCUGUGUAUCCUUAAACAGUUAGUCCUGGAGUCAAAUCUAAUAACCCAAAAAGUCCUUUAAUAGUUUUGAAUAAAAAGAUUGUUAUAGAUACUAGAUAGACAGAAGUUAAUGCUGGAAUAGAGACAUGCAAAAGAGGAUUAAUGAGAACUAAAUUCUCUCAUUUAUUAAAUAAUAAUGGUUAGAUCAUUAAUGAAAGUAAUCAAAUUAGACCAAGAAGACCUUAAAGUUAAAUACGUUUUGUUUAAGAACUUAUAGAUGCAGUUUCUAUUGAAACAGUAAAUAAUGAAUGUUCAAUUGAAGAUUAUUAAACUAGAGUCAAAUAUAUUAAAUCUUAAUAAUAAUAAUAAUAAUAACAAUCAUUUUUAAUGAGAAGCAAUUAAUCAUUAAUAGAAUGUCGUUGUCCAAAUAUACUCAUUGUUGAUGAUGAAUAAAUUAAUAUAUUAGCAUUAUCAAUCUUAUUAGAAUAACUUGGUUUUACUUCAGAUUAAGUAUUUAAUGGAAAAGAAUGUGUAGAUUUAAUAUAUUCAAAAUAAAAAAAAAGUAUAAUGUUAAUUUAUUUUUUUAUAGCUAAUUGUUUGAAAUGCUUUGAUAAGUAGUAUUAAUUAAUAUUUAUGGAUAUCAAUAUGCCUCUUCUUGAUGGUUGGGAAGCAUCUAGAUAAAUUAAAAAACGAUUCUCAAUUCCUAUUAUAGCUUGUACUGCUUUUACUGAUAAUCAAACAAAAGAAUAAUGCUAUCAAAAUGGAAUAGAUUAUUAUUUAUCUAAACCAGUAAAAAAGGAAUCAUUAAUUUAAGUGUUGUAAUAUUAUCGUAUAUUUUGACUUUAAAAUCUUUUAUAUAAUUUAAUUAAUUUUAUUACACUAUCAAAUAAUCUUAGGAGUACUUGAUUAUAAUUUUUUUAUUUAACAACAUUAUCAAUAAGUUGAUUAUUUUAAUUUUUAUAUUUAGAUUGUAUUUUUUUUAAAUUAUAUGCGGUGACGUAAAUAUCAAAUUAGAAUAAUAAACAAAAUUAUUAUUAUGUCAUCUCAUUUUUAGUAUUUAAACUUAAAAUCACAAAUAACAAUAAUUUAUGCUCAAUAAUUGUGGGGAAUUCUUAAGAAGAAUAGAUUAAUUUGGAGCUAGUUAUAAACCUAGCUAUGCAUAUGGUGAAGUUUAAUAUAAGACUUCUUUGGGAGGAUUAUUAUCAAUUAUUUUAUAUGGAUUAAGUUUAGCUUAUUUGGUGUAUGAAAUAGUGCUAUGGAGAUCAGGAAGAAUACUUCCAAAAAUUACAUCUUUGCAUACUGAAAUUGAAACAUAUGAAUUAUCUUUUGAUAAAGUAACUAUAGCAUCCUUUUGUCUGAGAAGACAUAAGAGUAUUACAAAUUAAAUUGAUCCUUUUGAUCCCAAACAUAUAAUUUUACUACCAAUGCUAUAUGAAAUAAUAGAUGAUGAACUCUAAAAACCAUUACCAUUACUAUCAACAAAAAAAUCAGAAAAACAUUAAACUAUAUUAAUAGAACUCAAAGAUGUCAUAUUAUCAAAUAAUGAACAAGAAUCAGUUGAUCAUCCAAAUAGAGAAUAUAUGCUUACAUUAUAAUAAUGUGUUUAACAUUUAUUACCUUCUGGGUGGCUUUGUGCAAAUGAAGAUACAAUUAAAGAAUUCUUUAAUUAAAAAUAAAACUAAUUGACUAUCCAAACUUUUGUAAAUUAAUAUAAUACUUCUACACGAUAAUUAGAAUUAGUUGAGUAAGAUUACUAUGCAUCAAUUGAUAAUAAAACAACAUAUUUUAGUCAAAUAACUAUAUGCACAUCAAAUGUAUCAAUUGAUACUGGAUUUCUAUUAGAAAGUACAGAAAUUAUGGAAUUUCCUAGUUCUACUUAAUAAUAUAUUCAAUAAAUGGAUUUAGAUUAUUUUACUCAUACUUUUCAUGAAGAAGUAUAUGUUGUAUUUGAAUUUGAAUUAGGAACCCUUUAAUCUACAAUUUUUAUUGAAUAUCCGAAAAUUUCAGAAGUCUUAGCAAAUAUUGGAUCAAUAAUUUCUUUCUUCUUAUUUUUUUCUCAUGUUGCUUAUAUCAUAAAUGAGAAAAAUCUUGAAUUAAAAGUUGUUAGAACUCUGAUAGAGAUGUAUUAUCCUUAAGUGAAAGAAAUUACAUUUAUUAAAAAUUUAUUUGGCAAAAUUACUUAAAUUCGAUAUUAAAAUUAGAAAGUAGCCUUAACAUUUUUAGAAUCAUAUAAAAAAUUAUAAAAAAUUGCUUCUGCUAAAUUGUGUUUAACUAAUACUCUAUAUGAAAUCUCAAGAUUAUAAUUCAUUAUUAGAUCUAUAAGUGAUAAAUAAAUCCUUAAAAGUUGCCAUGAUAUUGGAAUUAGAUUAAAAUCACUUGAAAUCGAACCAGAUAUUGAAAAAUAAAAUGGCAUAAAAAUUGAUAAUUUAUAGAAUAAUCAGGAAUUGAAGUAGGAAAUUAUUGAUAAUAAUUCAAUUGAUGAUCAAAAUCGAAAUAUCCUAAGAAUUGUAAUUUUUCAUUUUAUCUUAAUUAGAUACCAUAAACUUUAGGAGAUGGACCAUCUUAAAUAAUCUAAUUAGAAUAAUUAAAUUAAUCUCAAAGUCUAUUCUUGGGAAAGAAUUUAUAACCAUAAGAAUCUUUAGAUGAUGAUUAGAAAUUAACAGAUGAAGAUUUCUAUAUCCUUAUGUAACAAUAACCUAAAAUAAAAGAAUUAAAUAUUAUUGAUAUAUAUGAAACAGUUACACCUAAAGUUUAAACCUAAAAUAAUCAGAACAAUUUUUCCAUAUGA